UAAAAAUAAAACUAAAAAAUACAGUAACCCCAUCCAUCCAUACAAUACCAAAAAAAAAACACCCAAAUGAUUUAUUUUGGUAGAUCAAUAGAUCAUCACUAUAGUACAACAACGUCAAUGACAAAAACAUUGGAGAUUCAUCUACGAUCAGCAGAAGGGCUCAAGCUAAACCGCAAAGCGCUCAAGAAAAAGACUUUCGCCGUCGUGAGGAUCGACGAGAAAUCCAGAAAUUCUAAUCUUGACGAGUCUAGAGUAAGCAACCCAACAUGGAACUUUAAAUCGGAGAUACCCAUCAAUGCUAGUGUACAGUUUAUCUUCGUUGAGGUAUUCUAUCGAACACGUUCUGGGCACGACAAAAAACUCGGAGAAGCUAAAAUCCCAAAGAGUGAUUUCAUGGGAAGGUACUCGCCUGAAGGUCAUUUGAACUGUUUGAGCUAUAGAUUGAGAGAUGAGUUUGGCGAUAAGUGUGGGAUCGUCAACGUUUCGAUCCUUGUUAAAUCGGAUCCCACCACCACCGCAACAACGACGGCGGUGAGGGAUUACGGGUCGUGUUCGUCGCAAGCGACGGAUAUUGGUAUGUGGAGACCGAGAUCGGAGACGCCGUCGAUUGAUGGAUAUGGUGGUCGGAUUGUCACCGGAGUUCCGGUUUGGAAUGUGUAUCAACAACGGCCGUUUUGAAAGUUUUUGGUUUUGGGGGCUUUUGCAAAUAUUCAUAUUCCAUUCAUUCUUCGGUCUUUUGUUCCGUUUGAUUUUCCCAAUUUGGAAAUUUGCGGAAACAAACUAACAAAGUUGUGUGAUUUGUACAGUCAAGAAACAAAAACAAAACUGAUUUUUUUUUUUUUCAUGGUUGAAAAUAAAAUAAAAUAAAAGUUUUUUGGUUU